CUCUUUGUCCAUUCCUACCUACUCUAGCCUUGAGAUGGCUGGACAUUUUUUAAAAUUCGGCAACGCUCUUUCUCAGAAAAAAAAUCCUUCUUUUUAUUUCUUCUGUCAAAUUAUAUACUAAGCAAAUAUUGAAGAGAUUCCCGACACGAAACAAACCGCACACAUCCUGUGAGAGACAACUUAAAACAGGCCCUAUCAAAGGUUCGGAUCUACUAGGUGGCUCGCUGGCCGAGAGUUAGGGCACAUUCUUGGAUGAUCAGUUAGCGUUAGGCUUAGCUUGUCAACAUAGAGGACGUUGUUGCUAGCGGUGACGUUAGGAAACUUUUACAGCUGGUUGUGAUUUUUAACGUCGACAUUAUUUCAUAAGAACAAAGAUCACAAUUGAGAUUGUCAACACAGAAAAGAAAAAUGUUUGUCGUGAACUUCUUGAACGUUCGGACAUCACCUGCUGUCCUUGUCGCACUGUGUGUCCUGCUCAACGUUGACGUCACUAGCACACAAUCACUGACCUACGCUCGCUGUACAGACAACUGUCUAGCUGUGUACAAAUACUACUCACGAUUUGCUGCUGACCAGUCUCUCAUGGACAAGUACAUCAACAGCUGCAGGCAGAAAUGUCAAGACGACUUCAACAUACCACCGGCUACAGCUGCCACAGCUUCCUCUACAGCGACCACGACAACAAGACCACCAACCACUUCUACAACAACUACAACAACCACAAAGCCAACAACUACCACAACGCCAACUACAACAACAACAUCUACGACAACAACAAAACCAACAACAACUACCACAACGCCAACGCCAACAACUACAACAACAUCUACGACAACCACAAAACCAACACCAACAUCAACAACAACAACAACAACAACCACAACAACUACAAAGCCGUCAGCAACCACAUCCACAACAGCUAAAAAAACUCCCACAACAACUAUUCAAAGAAACUCCACAACUUCAUUGCCACCAAAUUCGUAUGAAUCCUGUGGACGCUACAGUCCGUCCAUUGACCGGAUCGUCAACGGUCAGGACGCGGGGGAGUGCGAGUUCCCCUGGGUGGUGCAGGUCAACAACGACUGUGGGGGCUCAAUACUGGACACUCGACACGUGCUGACGGCUGCUCACUGUGUCCUUGACACGAGCACGAACCAGGUCAAGCCAGGCGCCAUGUUUGUCAGUGUCGGCUCCUCCAACCGUUUGUACCAGACCAGCCACCAAGUUCUGCACGUGCACACUGACCCUCGCUACGUAUCCAGCACUAAAGACUUUGACGUGGCCGUGUUGACCCUAGCCGAGGCCUUGACCUUCUCUGACUGUGUGGCACCCAUUUGUCUGCCUGCAGCCAACGAUGACCCGUGGUCAGCCGAGUUUUGUCUGGCUGCUGGUUGGGGGGUCAUGGCCGAUACGUCAUUCAUCCGUCCCAACAUCCUGCAGAAGGUCCAACUUCCGCUGGUCAGCCAGACGGACUGCGCACUGAGGUAUUUUGGGAGAAACGUUGCCAUCAAUGAUCAGAAGUUAUGUACUGGCGACAUCUACAAGGGCGGCAUCGAUACUUGUGGGGGUGACUCGGGUGGACCCAUCAUGUGCGUCACCAACGACCGUUACGUUCUCUACGGCUCCGUCUCUGCUGGCAUCGGAUGUGCCCUCAGACAGUACCCCGGCGUCAACAUCAAGAUCAGCAACCCUUUGAUCCUGGCAUUCAUUCACUCAUCUUUACACGACGUCUGACGUCACGAUACAGGAUGACGUCACAAACAAAAGCAAAACGAAAGUCUCGAAUUUGUAGUUGGUUGGACGAUGUUUUGAUUUGUAAAAUAAAAGGAACGUUAUGAUUGGUUGGUGUAGUUGUUGUCUUCACUUACAUAGGAAACCAAUGUUCUAGAAUGUUCAGUGAUCUUCACUUUACUAUUUAUACUGUCACUGUGCAAGCAGGCUUGCAUGCCGCUAAAUAAAUUUAUUGUGA